CUCCGCAGACCACCGUCUCCCCUCCUUCCCCGCCGCGACUACCGACGCGUCGAGCCAUUCGCUCAGCCCGUUGCAGUGAGCAGCUCGCUACUCGCGAGGACGUCGUGUCCUCUCUGACUUGAGCAUGCUCCAGGCUCAUCAGGAGCGACUCACCCUCCAUGUCGCUGCAAUGAGGCGCCUUCUCGCCAUCCUCUCUGACCCUGAUCGCACCCUCCCGAUCAUCCCUGUACGACUCGGGACCUCCACGAGGGUGUACUCAGCGCUGUGGGAUUCCGGUUCUCAGGGCGACUUCAUUCACCCACGCGUGGUGAAAGAAGCCCGCUUACCCACGACAAGGUCUCCGACUCCCAUCUCCGUUACCCUAGGGGAUGACAAGACCCAGCGCUUCUUCGAUCAGACGGUCACCGACCUCCCUUUCUUCCUCACUCUCGAACCGACUGAUCGUUCCCCGUCGUCUCGUCGCCACCGCUCCUCUGCACAUUUCGAUGUGAUGGAGACGGGGUACGACUUCAUUCUCGGCACUCCACGGUCUCGUCGGUUCCGCAGCACCGAGGCCGAUUGGGCGACCAACACUCUCGUUCUCAAAACGAAGUGUGGACACACGUAUCGCGUACCUUUCAUAGGUACCACCGCGACACCACGCCCCGAUCCUCCUCUCCCGGAGCCUUCCGUUCCCACACCAUCUCCUUCUAUCACUGUCACCUCGCCUCGGCAGUUCGCCCACUUCAUGCGACAGGACGACGUCACCUUCUUUAUGGUGAACGUGACGGAUCUCUUACACUAUGACCCACCUUGUCCCGACGCCGAGCUCAUCCCUCUAGAGCCAAAUCGUCCUUCUAUCUCCAUGACUCCCAUCUCUACUUUCGUCCCUCCGCCGUCCGUCGAGCCCACUCCGCCGUCGCGCGCUGACGCUGACGCUGAGGAACUCGCACGAUAUACGGCUGACCUGGAGCCCGCAGUUCGUGACCUCAUCCGAGAGUACCACGACGUUUUCCCAUCCAAGUGCCGCUUUGCCCAGCACAAAGUCGACUUCUUAGGACAUUACGUGUCUGACCAGGGUCUCCACAUGGACGACGCGAAGAUCACUGCUAUUGCGGAGUGGCCCGCUCCCACAUCCGCCAAGAAGCUUCGCAGCUUCCUAGGCCUGACCAGCUACUAUAGUAACUUCAUCCGGGGAUACGCUAGGUAUUCCUACGUCCUUACCUCCACCCUCCUCCGGAAGAACCCACCCUGGGAUUGGACACCCCUCCACGAGGACGCCUUCCGCGCCCUCAAGAAGGCUGUGACAUGUGCACCGGUUCUUCACCUACCCGAUUUUGAUCGCCCUUUUAUCCUUACCACCGAUGCGUCAGAGUUUCCUGUAGGAGCAGUGCUUUCUCAGGUCUUCCCCUCCUCUCCUGAUUCCUCUCAUCGUAUCCCUCGCUUCCCACCACCUACCCCUACCACUGCUUCCCGACUGACGCCUACUCGUCCAGCUAUCGACGAGCCUUCUAUUGACUAUUCUCCUACCAUCGCCGAGGACGGCACUGUCGAGUCUCGCUCAGGUGAUUGUCCGGUAGCCUUCUACUCACGUCAGCUCCUGCCCGCCGAGAUAAACUACACUGUUGAUGAACGUGAGGUUCUCGCAGUAGUUUAUGCCGCUCGGCACUGGCGUCACUACCUGCAUGGGGCACCGUUCACGGUGCGUACGGACAACUCUGUUGUCCAGGCUUUUCUGACAAAACCGAAGCUCACUCCUCGACAGGCUCGCUGGUGGCGCGACCUAUCCGAGUUUAGUUUCACCACUGAGCACAUCAAGGGUGAGACUAAUCGGGUCGCAGAUGCCCUAUCCCGGCGCCCUGACCACGACCAGGAGCAAAUCCAGCUCUCUUCCAUCUCGGUGACCACCGUCCACCACUCGGCGAUCGACGAGUUUCGCACUCAGUACCGCCACUGCCCCGACUAUCGCGACAUCCACGCGACCCUUCGGAGUGGCAAGACCGUCCCGAACUACUCUCUCGGGGGCAACGGUCUCGUGUACUGGCACGGUUCACAGGGCACCAGAGAGCCCCGUAUUUGCGUUCCCUCCACUGGACAGCUACGUGUCCGAGCAGUAGCAGAGUUCCAUGACCAGGCAGCCGCCGGUCAUAUGGGCUUCCACAAGACGUUGGCUCGUGUGAGUCGCCUAUACGUCUGGCCGAAGCGCAAGGACUUUGUGAAGGACUACGUCGCAGAGUGUCCCACCUGUCAGGAGGUGAACAGUGCGAACCACCUGCCUUAUGGUUUGCUCCAGCCUCUUCCUAUCCCUGAGGGUCAUUGGCAGUCCAUCUCAAUGGACUUUAUCGGUCCUCUUCGACCUCCGACCCCCCGCGGUCAUGAUGCUAUCCUGGUCGUCGUCGACCGCUUCACGCCUCUCAGCAUCAUAUCUGACCGUGACCCGCGCUUUACCAGCCGAUUCUGGCGACGGCUCCACGAGGUAUACGGCACUCAGCUCCGCUUCUCCUCAUCUUACCAUCCUCAGACUGAUGGUCAGACCGAGAUCACGAAUAGGACUCUCGGAGAUAUUCUCCGAAAGAUUGUUCGUGACGACCAGCAGUGGGACCUCCAUCUUGCCCACGCGGAGAUAGCCUACAACCACGCCAUCUCGCCAGCCACGGGGAUGUCGCCUUACUAUUGCGACCUCGGCUAUCACCCUCGUGUUCCCGCGGACUUCCUUCGACCGUCACAAAUGCACCCCGACACGAACUGUCCCGCACUGGAUGAUUGGGUUGCACACAUGACAUCGAUCAUGAAGACCGCACAUGAGCACAUAGCCGCUUCCCAGACUCGCAUGGCAGCACGUGCGAACCGAUCGAGGAUAGACCACCCAUUCAAAGUCGGUGAUGAUGUGCUUAUCGACGCCCGCCACUUACAGGUCGAAGCGGACACGCUUCGCAAGUUUCGGCGUCGCUUCUUUGGCCCAUGCCGCAUCCUCCAGGUCGUCGGUUCUGAUACGCCAUCUAGCCCGGUCAGCUUCCGUGUGAAGCUGCCCGACUACCUACGCCAGGCUCAUGUGCACGAUGUCUACCACGUCUCGUUACUGCAUCCUUACCGUAGACUGUCUGAGCGUUUCGCUGGACGACCAUACGAGCGCCCUCCACCCAUCAUGGUGGAUGGCCACGAGGAGUUCCUCGUUUCAAACAUCUUUGGUCGCCGAGUCACCGACGACAACCCUCCCCACGUCGAGUAUCUCGUACGUUGGAAGGGUUACCCUGAUGAGGGGGCUACCUGGGAGCCCCUCAAGCACUUGUAGCACGCUCGCAUGUUGGUGCGUGCCUAGGACCAUG